UGAUAUUCAGAAGAGAGAAAAAAACAAAACAGGAACAGUGUGGAUAACCGACCGAGAGGGCCGCCUCUCAUAAUACUGGGAGAAAACCCGAACAGUCGAUCUACUGAUGGGUUGAUUUCUUGCAACCAGAAGCUUUUUUUAAUGCCAUUACUUUCUAUUUGAGGCAGAUUUUUACUCAGUAAUUCAUUGUUGGCUCGGAGGCGGUUGUCCUGAUGAAGUGUCAGCAGAGGGAGGAGGAAGCCAGAGAGAGGAAGGAAACGAGGAUAACGUCACGAAAAGCAGAAUCGGAGUAAAACGGACUGAAUAGUAAUGGACAGUGCUUGAUGCGGGCCGGGGACCCGAGCUGAAUUGUGUUUGUUUACGUCGCAUUGGACAAAGAUGUUUUUGUUAACUGGUCGGGCGUGAAAAAGGGGAAAAUAUUUCGAGGAGGAAACGGCAGCACAGCAGCAGCAGAUUUCAUCUUUUUCAGGAGGCUCCACUAAAGCAGAGAAAUGGAAAUGUGUGUAGCCCUCCUCCGUUUGUCUGUUCGCUGAAGGAUUUGGAAACAGCCUAAUCGUGACACACGGAGCUUUAAGUGGAUCUUAUUUUUUAAUGAGUGAAAAAGACAUAUAGCUAAAUCUUUUUUGGGGGACGUUGCUUUCGGUUUUUACACGGCAGAAAAAAAAAAGCAGCAAAAUCAUCGGGGGAAUUAACAGGUGACGACCCUGACAAAUCCAAAAUGAGUGAGCUGGAGCAGCUUCGCCAGGAGGCCGAGCAACUGAGGAACCAGAUUCGAGAUGCCAGGAAAGCAUGUGGAGAUUCAACCCUGACACAGAUAACUGCUGGUCUGGAUCCUGUGGGGCGGAUUCAGAUGCGGACACGACGUACCCUCCGGGGCCACCUUGCUAAGAUCUACGCCAUGCACUGGGGCACUGACUCAAAGCUUCUGGUUAGUGCCUCUCAAGAUGGAAAGCUGAUCGUCUGGGACAGCUACACCACUAACAAGAUACAUGCCAUCCCCCUGCGCUCCUCCUGGGUAAUGACCUGUGCGUACGCCCCCUCUGGGAACUACGUGGCCUGCGGAGGCCUGGACAACGUCUGCUCCAUCUACUGCUUGAAGACUCGCGAGGGCAACGUCAGGGUCAGCAGGGAGCUACCUGGCCACACAGGUUACCUGUCAUGCUGCCGUUUCAUUGAUGACAAUCAAAUCAUCACGAGUUCCGGAGACACCACAUGUGCACUGUGGGACAUCGAGACGAGUCAGCAGACCACUGUUUUCUCGGGCCACAGCGGUGACGUCAUGAGUCUGUCCCUGUCACCUGACCUCCGCACCUUCGUGUCGGGAGCCUGCGACGCCUCGGUCAAACUGUGGGACAUCAGGGACAGCAUGUGCCGGCAGACCUUCACAGGCCACGAGUCGGACAUCAACGCCAUCUGUUUCUUUCCCAAUGGCAGCGCCUUUGCCACAGGCUCAGACGACGCCACCUGCAGGCUGUUUGACCUGCGUGCAGACCAGGAGCUCAGCCUCUACUGCCAUGACAACAUCAUUUGCGGCAUCACCUCCGUGGCUUUCUCACGCUCCGGUCGUUUGCUGCUGGCUGGUUACGAUGACUUUAACUGCAACAUCUGGGACGCCAUGAAGGGAGACAGAGCAGGGGUCCUGGCCGGCCAUGACAAUCGUGUGAGCUGUCUGGGUGUGACAGAUGACGGCAUGGCGGUGAGCACCGGGUCCUGGGACAGCUUCCUUAAGAUCUGGAACUGAGCCACGCACAUAAACAGCAAACACACACACAUACACACACAUACACCGCCAACAAACACCGCUCCCAUCUUGGGACACAGUUUGCACCCUGUAUUCACUGUAUGUAAGAUUCAACAGACAAAUUGCAACAUUGUACUGUACAUAAUAUAUAUGACUUAGGUAUGAGUUCACACACACACACACACACACACACACACACACACAGUAUGCAGGACAUGACGACACACCUAAAACACCUAGCCCUAAACACAUGCCCACACUACCUACAGCUGAUUUAAGUACAGAAACACACACACACACACACACACACACAUAUAUAUAUAUAAUCUUUAAAAUUUUAAAAUGUGAUAAAAUACAGUUGGAUGUUCAGCUGCUCAAAUAAAAAACACAAAUGCCACUAUUACCUGAAGCCUUUUAACACGUCUAACACGCUCAUUCACACAACACACACACACACACACACACACACACCUUUUUCCUGAGAGAUAUUGCUCCUCGAGUUAAACAGGGGAGAAGACGUUAUUGGACAAUUCUGUCUUUGUUUACAAUGAAGUCCAAAAUGCACUCCAGACAAAUUUUUCUGUACUAUUUUUGUCUCAGUACCACAUGUAUCUCUGUGAUGCUAAUGAGAAGGAAGAAUGGUUGUGGAAAGAUCAUGUGAGUCCAUUAACACUGAAAAAAAGACAGGAUGAUCGUCUGAGUCCAGGGAAAAUAUCAACUCUUAUUUUCAUCUGGCUCAAAACAUUAUAUAGUCACUGUUUUUAUAGAUAUGAACCCCCCCCACAUACAGUACAUCUGCUCUUAAGUUUUUGUUUUAUUCUUCUUUUUUACACUUAUUUUAUUCAUGUUCUCCCUGUGUGCCUCAGAUACACUUUAAGGAUUAUUAAUAGACAAUAUUGAUAAAGUUAAAUUAACAACAAAAAAAAGACCUGAGAUCCAAAAGGUGGAUGAAAAAAAAUAAAAGCAUUACUGUAUAAGACAUCUUAAUAAAGCAGGAGCCAGUAUUCAUACUUUGACUUUGUCAAUGUAUUAUCUGGACAUUACGAUGGUGUAAUUGUACAUAAUAUUAAUAAAUAAUAGCCUCUCCUGCCA